GUACUCUUCUAUGUAGUAAUCUCCAUCGCUGAAGAAGAGAGAGAAAGAAGAAGAAGAAGAAGAAGAAGAGAGAGAAAGAAGAAACAGAGCAGAAAUGGUGUGUGUAUAUGUACAGCACACUCAACGGAUCUUUCCCUUUUAUCUUUCCAACCUUCUUCUCUGUUCUUCAUUUCUUCAACUAUUCUCUCCCUGUUUUCCUUUUUUGGCUUAAUUCCUUUGAUUUCCAGUUUCCAUGGAACUUCCAAAUUCCUCUGUUUUUCACGACUUUCAGGGUUCACGAUUUUCCCGAUGGAAUUCAUGAAAUUUUCUCGGUAACCAAACAGAAUUCACAGUGUUUUCUUUCUUUUUCUUGUUUCUUCUGAGAAUCCAAUGUCUUCUCCGUGUAUUAGCGGCGGUGGAAGAGCUUACAGUUUCGACCUAGAAAUUGUGAAAUCUCCAUCUUCUUCAUGGACGAGAACUUCGCAAUCUUCUUCGCCUUCUUCGACUCUUUCUGAAUCAAGCAAUAAUAAUACUCAGCUUGCGAUCUCUACUCGAAAAUCACGAACUCCGCGAAAACGCCCAAAUCAAACGUACAAUGAGGCCACUCUUCUGCUUUCUACGGCGUAUCCGAAUGUUUUCUCUGCCAAACACCUCACGAAUCCGAGAAAAUUCACGAAAUCUCAUGAUUCUCUCUUCUCUGAUUCGGCGGAAUUGCUGUUGCCGUUCCGAGGAAUCGAUUCGUCCGAGUUUCUCAUCCAUCAGCCGCCGGAAAAACCUAAUUCCCAAAUUCAUUCGAAAUUGGCGAAUCUGUGGGAGAAUCGGCCGUGUUCCAGCCCAGGGGAGGUUGAUUUCCAGCCGGAUUCGAUGGAGAUGGAAGAUUUCGAUGCUGAAUCGAUUCUUGACGAGGAAAUCGAAGAGGGAAUCGAUAGUAUUUUGGGGAAUCUGUGUGUGGAUAACCUAGAAACAGGCGAUUCGGUGCAGGAUUCUUGUGCGAAUAAUCAUCCUUGGAAUUGGAAUUGUUCCUGGAAUCCAAUCGGCUUAGGAGGAUUAAACCAGAAAUUCGAAUCCGGUUAUGGAAUCGAACGAACAGCAAUCCGAGAAGUCGACAAUGGAAACUGGUGGCGAUUUCCGACUGUCGAUGUAGUCGAAAUCUCUCCGAAACUAAAUCCAAAGCCACCGGCACCGUCCGCCGUGGCGACGAAGAAGAAGAAAAAGAAAGUGGAGAAGCUUACAGUAAUCGAAUCGAAGAAAGCCGCAAUGGCACCGGAAAAGGAGAAAUCGGAGAAGCAGAUUCCGAAAGGAUUGGUUCUGAAACUGAACUACGAAGCCGUCGCCGACGCUUGGUCCAACCGAGGAUCCCCAUUUUCCGACGAGAUUCCGGCAACCGACACGGGAAGUGAUGUAAAUGCGAGGCUGGCUCAGAUUGAUUUAUUUUCGGACGGUGGAGGAUUGUUGAGAGAAGCCAGCGUGUUGCGGUACAAGGAGAAAAAGCGGACCCGUCUUUUCUCGAAGAAGAUAAGGUAUCAAGUCAGAAAAGUCAACGCGGAUGGACGGCCCAGAAUGAAGGGGCGGUUUGUGAGGAGGCCUAAUUCAAGCGCCAGCCAACAGAGAUAGACAGCAGCCUUUUAGGGUUCAGAAACGCUCAAUGCUGAGUUGUCAGCUUUCCUUUUUUAUUAUUUAUUUUUUAUUUUUAACUUUCUUGCAUUUAAUUAUUAUCCCCCAACCUUUUCUUAUUUCUUUUUUGCCCCCCAAUUUUCCAUAAUUACUUUUCUUUUAUCCAUUCAAUGAGAGAAAAUGGCCACCAAGUAGAUGGUCAAAGUUCUAAUAAUUCAAGGCUCUUUUUUAAUAUU